CCCGCCCCUGGCCCGGCCCAGGGACCCCAGGCCCUGGUAGCGGCAGCCAAACGCUAGGGGCCCGCCCCCUCCUUUCCAUCCCUCCGCCCCCCACUUCCCUAUCCAGGAACCCCAGUACAAGGCUCUAGACUCCCGCUCUCAUCCACACAUUUCAGGACCCUCACCCCUCAUUCCGGGACUACCUCCUUCUCCUCCCAUCCCUAGAGCCCCCUUCCCCCGCCCCUUCCCCUUCGCCUCAUCUCCCCUCACAUCCUGGAAACACGCCUAAAUCCUUGCUCCGUCUCGUCUUUCUCAUUAUGGAGCAGAACAGCGGCCUUUUCCCACUUCAGCACCAAGAACAGCCCCUCUUCCUGCCUUUUUCUCAUCAGCUCUCCCAGUCACAACCCCUCUACUUGUCUCUUUCUCAGCAGGACUCCGUUCCCCUUUCCCAGCCUCUCUCUCAGCCCCAGCCCCUUUCCCAGCCCCAGCCCCUUUCCUUGCCUAUUCCCCAGCCUCUGUCGCUACCUUUGAAUCAGCCCCUGUUCCUCUCGCAGCCUCUUUCACAGCCUUUGCCCCUCUCUCAGUCUUUGUCUGUCUCCAAGCCCUUAUCUCUCUCCAAACCUUUAUCCUUCUCCCAAUUUCUGUCCCUUCCCCUCUCCCAGGCUCUGCCUCUCUCCCAGCCCCUGUCCCUGUCCCUUUCCCAGCCUUGGCUCUGGUCUGGGCUCCAACUGCCACCUUCACUGUUCUUGCUGCUGUUGCUGCUCUUUGUGCUGUGCCCAGGGGCUGGGGGCCUCUUCCUGACUGAUUACUCCACCUGCUCACCUCGAAAGCUGAGUCCUUUCCGCUCCUUUGCCAGCACUGAGCUCUUCCACUUCCAUGUCCCUGAGGACACGGUCCUGGCUGUCUGGAACCUCAUCAUCUUCAAGGAGCAGGGGGGCACCUUUGGGGACCAUUGCCCAGACCAAAGUGUGACUGUGUAUUUCCGCUCAGGGGCACCUCCUGUAAUAAACCCUCUGAAUACACACUUUCCACCGGACACAGUGGUGCCAGGGGUCUUCUCAUUGACUCUCAGCUGGACGUUGCCCAACCGAACCUCAGGAAUCUUCAAUGUCAGUAGCCCUUUGCCUGGGGAUUGGUUCCUGGCUGCUCACCUUCCCCAGGCCCAUGGACGCAUCUCUGUCAAGGGUCUCCAUGAUGAGUGCCAGUACCUUCUUCAGCCACAGUUGAUUGUCCGUCGAUUGCUUGAUGUUGCUGUCCUGGUUCCUGGUCGUCCCUCAGAGCAAACUCUUUCCUCUCAUAACCGUUCAGCUCUGUUCAAGGUCUUUGUCCCCAGUUUCACCUCCAGGGUCUCUGUCCAGCUGAAGUGUGUGGGAUCCCGUGGGGGCGCCGGAUGCCCCCUGAUGAUGCAUCUGCGCCCCAAGGCACCUCCCUUGCACAACUCCACCUCUGUGGCCUGUGGGGAAUUGGCACCAUGUGGGUUGGAGCUGGCCCUGCCUCCUUGGGGAGACUGGGUCUAUGUACGUGUGGAGACACCAAGAGGUCUCCCUGGAUCCCUUCGAUUCCAGCUGUGUGUGCAGCUACAAGAGUGCCCCCAACAUGGGCUGUCUCGAGCCCUGGUGCCUGGAGCAGCUAUGAACAUGCCCCAGUCUCUGGGUACGCAGUUGCCCCCCCAGGAGAUACCACCCUUGGGAGCCCCUGAGGAGGGGAGUGAGACGACAUCUCCCCCUGACCACUGCUGGCCUGUGCGCCCAACACUGCGGAAUGAGCUGGACACCUUCUCUGUCCACUUCUACAUCUUCUUCGGCCCCAGUGUGGCCCUUCCACCGGGACGUCCAGCUGUGUUUGCCUUGAAGCUCCUGCCUGUGCUGGACAGUGGAGGGGUCCUGACCCUAGAGCUGCAGCUCAAUGUGAGUUCACUGCGCCAGGAAAAUGCCACUGUGUUUGGAUGCCUGACUCAUGAGGUACCUCUGAGCUCAGGCGACACAUCUGUGACCUGCUCCACAGAGUCCCUGGCUGGCUUCAUUCUCUCUGUCAAUGCUGCCUCUAAAAUCUCCAGACUUCGGAUCCCUUUCCCCCAAACAGGAACCUGGUACCUGACUCUCCGAUCGUUGUGUGGAGUAGGCCCAUGGCUCUACCCACCCAGCCUGCUGAAUUUGGUCCAGGGAAUUUUCUUCCUUAGAUUUUGAAAUCAUGUUCAACCCUACCCCCUCCUGCUCUUAUCAAGGAUGCUAUCAAGACAGAAAUUUCUUCUUCUUGACCAGAAGGUAACAGUAGGUAUCAGUAACCUUUCCAACAAUUUCUUCAACUGUGGGGCUAUUGUCUACACAGUUAUAGGGUAUUCUUGAGUGUCGAUUAGAACUGGACCUUCCCUUUGAAGGUAGGGCUUUAGAAUAUUAACAGGAAUGCCCCUCCAAACUCAUUCAUCUGCCAGCUUGUGAGGAAUAUAAGGUCCACAGUCUUUCUUAGUGUAGUUCUUUGGAUUAGAUGCUCCCUCUUUCCCAGUGUGGGAUUUCUCCCAAGGCAGUGUGGUAGUGCAAAAACAGUACAAGACAUGGAGCUAAAGGGUUCCAGUCCCAGUUCUGAAGAGUGCCAGCCGGGUGACCUUGAGAAAGUCACUGAACGUUCUAGCUUCAGUUUCCUCUUCUGCGAAAUGGAGACCAUAAUACUUGAACUGCUUACCACAAGGGGUUGUUAUAGGAAAAGUGCAUUGCAAGCUUUCAAAGGCUAUACAAAAACGGAGUUGCUAUUAUUUUUAUUUUUAUUAUCCUCUUUCUUGCUUUACUACAAGUCUUUCCCCAGCUGUGAGAAGCUAUUGUACCUAUGCCCUAGGCUAGAGCGUACUUCUUUCCAUGCAUCAGUGGUUUCCAGUGCUUGAGCAGAUAUGUGUACCAUAGGUGAGGGAUACUAGGGAGCACAGUUGGUUUAUUGUUCACCUUACCACCUGGUGCUUUUGGAGGGGACGCCUGGGGCCUCUUGAUAGUAUUAAACCCCAGGAGAUUAUUCUUGGUCCAAGGGCAGUUCUUAUGCUUCUGAACUUGACCUACCUGCUCUUGGAAUCUACUCUCAACACCUUUCCACCCAGCUUCCUAUGUAUCUCCCAUGUGAAAAGGGACUCAGUUCUCUACUUCUUUCCUUAAUUUUCUAUUUCUUUCCUUUCCUUGCUUUCUCUGAAGAACCCAACACCCUUCUUAAAGGCUUCUUACUAUUUGUCCCUCUCCCCUCAUCCCCUUGCACAAAGACAAGAAGACAGAUAGGAAUUUAAGAUAGCAAACCCAAAAGGAAGAGGUAUAAAGUUAGGUGAUAUCUUGAAGUUUAUAGGAAUAGGUAGUCCUGUUUGUCAGUGAAAUGGAAGUAAUGGUUUUAGGUCUGAAGCCCUCUUCCCUGAUCCAACUCUUGUGUUUUGCCUCUGGAGUCAGCCUCACCUAAAUCCUGUUUGAGUUGGUGCUGGCCCAAGUUAAUCAAGCCCUUUGCCUAAGGAUUGGAGCGGAUGCUAGCUCUCCGGUAGGAUUCUCACCUCUUCCUGGAGGUCUCUUUGGCUUGGCCCCUGGAGGAGGGAGCCUCUUUUCUAUUUGGCCUUAAGUCUUCAUCUCCUGGGCUUCAUGCCAUCUAGGCCAAUUAGUUACCUCCUUCCCCCUUCCUGGAAGACUCUUUGGCUCCAGGUCUUUGGAAUUCCUACCACUUCUCUUAAUUCAUUGUCAAUUCAACACACAUUUAUCAAGAUGCCACCAAGUACCAUCACCUAGGCAUUGUCCUAGGUGAUGAGAUUACAAAGAGAAAAACAGACAGUCCCUGCUGUCGGGCAGGUUUAUGGUCCACUACAUUCCCCAUCCUAUUCAGUUUUCUUGAAGCGUAUUCACCAGCUGGUUGACAAGGCUGGUUCUCCCUUUGACUUCUUCAGCGAUCAUCCUAGGCUCACAUAUGGGCUGGCUUCUCCAGUGGCCAUGUCUUCUCCACUGUGGGCCUGGCCCCAUCAUCUCUAGAGCUCAUUGCAUGACUUCAGCUGACUCGAGCAGCCAGAAGCCAAUUGCCAUCUCUCUUCUUUUUCAAAGCUCAUGCCUCUUGCUGUGCCUCCCACUAAGUUCCUGUUUCCUGUUUAAAGAACAUUAUUAAUUCUCAUUUAAUUUGCAGAGCAGAGAAAGGGUCAGAGGUGCCCUUUGGGAGGGUCAGUUGGAUACCCACGAGUGCUCAGGAUGAUCGCUAUCUGGU